AUGUCAGAUCAAUGUACCAAAGGGAUCAACUGGGGAUCAGUUUCAGUCGAUGACAAAAAUUUAUCGCUGAGAUAUAAUUCAAGCAACAUAAUAAAAUUACCACUCAAAAAAGUGGUUAAUUCGAAUACCUAGAAAAAUGACAUCGUAUUGCAAUUGACAACUGAGGAAUGUGGCGAAAAUGAUGACAUGUUAUGCGAAGUGAGAUUUUUCAUUCCUCCAUAAGAAUAAAAAGUCAAACAAGAGAAAAAAAAAUAAGAUGCGGAUUCGGAUUAGGAAAAAGUUGAUGAAGAAGAAGACGAAGAACCAACAUUCUAAUAACAAUUAUAGAAUGAAAUCUUAGUAAAGGCGAAAAUUGGACAGAGUAGUGCUGACUCGAUUCUAACCAUUAAUGAUGUUCCUUUGAUUGUACCAAGAGGGCGUUACACUAUGGAUUUCUUUAAAAAGGAUAUUCGAUUUCAUGGAAAUACUUAUUAAUUCACAACAGAUUACAAGGGCAUCUCAAGAUUUUUCUUAUUGCCCAUGCCUGAUGAAAUUAAUUUAUCACUUGUAAUAGGACUAGAACAUCCUUUCAAAUAAGGAUAGACAGCUUAUAAUUACUUAGUUAUGCAAUUUAAGAAAGAUUAUGAAAAUGAAAUUAAAUUAAAAUAUUAGAGGCAAUAACUAGAUGAAAUUGGAUGGAAAGAAAUCAAAGAAGAAUACUCAGGCCCAUUAUAUGACACAGUAUGCGAAUUAUUAUCUGAAAUAACAGGAAUUAAGGUUGUCACACCUAAAAAUUUUAAAACCAAAAAUGGGUUAUGUUGUUUGAGAUGCUCUGUUGGUCCUCAUUCUGGAUUUUUAUUCCCAUUAGAGAAAUCUCUAAUAUAUUUACAAAAGCCUGUUCUACACAUCAAACACGAGGAAAUAAAGGAAGUUAUUUUUCAAAGAAUCGGAUAAACAAAUUUGAAUAAGUUCUUUGAUGUUAAAGUAAUAUAUAAAAAUUCAAAUCAACUUUUUUCUAGUAUAGAAAAGGAUGAAUUAGAUAAUUUAACUUAAUAUUUAUCCACCAAAAAGAUAGCUGUUAGAAAACUGUAAGAGGAACUCCCUCGUGUGUAGCUGAGCGAAAGUGAUUAAGACGACGAUGAUGAUAGUAGAAGCAAAAAGAACAAAGCUAAUGCGGACCUCAAUAAUUUAGAUUCAGAUGAAGAUGAUGACGAUUUUCAAGAGGGAGACGUUGAGGAACAAUCAGAUGGAAGUGAUGAAAGUAUUGAUUCUGAAAGUAAUUCAAGAAAGAAAAAAUGAUAGUAUAAUAAAUGAUACAAAAAUUAUAAUAAUAUGAUAAAUAGUUGC